GUUCUCUCGUUUUACAACGUUGAUCCCUCGUUUAACAGUGCGGUACCUGAAUGGUCUCUCGAGGACAAGGAGUGCGAUCUAUUAACUUAGUUCAUCACGUCCACGGCAAUUCGGAGAUCGACUGGGACUCUUAAUUGUAACUGCAUCAAUGUCAGGGUUCAAGUACCACUUGUGGUUGCCAGUGGCUGUGGGUGUCAUGUUUGUGGGUCUCCCAUACUCUAUCUCUCUGGCUGCCCAGUUGAUGCUUGGCUGGCCCAGCAAACCUGGAUAUAAAAAAUACUUAGAGGCUGUAAAACCAAGACGGAUUUACUGCAUUACAAGAGCUGUGUUGGAGUCACUGAAAUGCCUGCAAUAUGGGAGACUUUACUUACAGCUGAAGUCAUGGUAUGACAAUGACAAGAACAGAAUGCAUUAUGAAAAGGGCAUCGCAUUCGGUCGGCGUGGGAACAAGCUUGACUUGUACCACCCUCCCGGGUUGGCAAAGUCUGGAGAUAUGGCUGCACCACUGCCACUGGUGAUAUUUGUCUACGGCGGUGCUUGGUCCUCCGGAGAACGAUACGUUUACUGUCUGCUGGCCCGACACCUGACUGAAGAACUCAAUGCAACUGUCGUUUGUCCUGACUACACUACCUAUCCAAAGAUGAACGUUUUAGGAAUGGUACAAGAUAUUGCAGACUGCCUGAUUUGGGCUCAAGAGAGUGGACCCCAAUUUAACUUUGACAAAGACAAUAUCGUUUUAAUUGGCCAUUCGGCAGGUGCACAUUUGUGUGCACUGACCACGCUGUUCCUCAUCGAUGCAAGGGAAGAGCUUUUCAUUGAGGCGAGCAAGCAGCAGGACCUGGCGUCGAUGAUCAAAGGAGUCAUCGGACUCAGUGGUGUGUAUAACAUCAUGGAGCAUUACGAGUACGAGCAGAAACGAGGAGUGGAAUAUGUCUCGGCCAUGCAUAAAGCCAUGAAUGGAGUGGAGAACUUCCCAUACUAUUCACCCACGCACUGGUUGGAGACAUUCGACCAGGACAAACUGAGCAGAGUGCCUCCAUUUACUUUGAUCCACGGGACCAGUGACGUCAUGGUUCCGGCAGAAGCUUCCGCCAAGUUCUCUGAGCGCCUCACCUCACUGUCCGUGAAGGCGUCUCUGUAUGUGUUGUCCGAGGUCGACCACGUGGAGAUGAUCACUGACCUCAUGGCGGCCGAGCGACGCUUCUAUCACGCCAUCUACAGCUGCAUUAAACACGAAUAUAGGAAACUUGUGGACAUCAGCUGACCUCACAUCCGGUGAUUGGAAGACUAUUUUUGUAAUUUUACUGGUUUUUAAUAUUUUUAUAUUAUAGCUUAUAUGUGGCUUUGUAUUUUAUUAAUCAGUAUUCCAUUACAUUUUACAUAAUUCAUGCUAAAUUACGAGUAUAUCUAUUAUUGAUUCAACCCCAAUGCUGUCAAGUAAAAGUGCAAUAUAUGCUCUGGUUUUCAUCCUGAAAUGUAAUUAGUAUAGUGCUGGUCCUGAAUUAUGAAUAGCUUGUCUGUACUGUAUCUGCCCUGCGAUUGACUGGUGACCAGUUCAGGGUGUACCCUGCCUCCCGGUCAAUCAGCCUAAUUACCCCUUGUAUUUAACCUCGUGUCUCAUUCCCUUUCGUUGUACCUUGUCGUCGCGUUCCAGCAUUCCUUGUUUCCACGUCACAGACUCACAGUAAGACUUGACCCUGUUCCGAUUAUCGACCUUGCCUCUUUGCCUCAUGUUUUUGGAUACUGUUGCCUUUCUUGGAAUGCCUGCCUGUGUACCGACCUAUGCCCGUCUAUUAAACCUCUCUUUUUGGAAGCUG